AAGUUGGAGAUAGAACUCGGUGCUUUAUGAAUUUGGGGUUUGUAGUUCCUUUGCUGUUCACGGGACUUGUGAUCUUCGGAUCAUGACCUCUGAGCGGUCUCUAUUAAAACUCUCACCUCAAACUCCAACUGCCCUAGAACGGAUUCUUUCAAUAUCCUCCUUCUCCGAUCUAUCCAAACCUGCCCGUUAUAGCCCCGUUGCGGUUUCUGCAAUGGAUCAGCCAUACCCAGCUGAUGAUUCACACUACUCUGGCACCACCCCCAGAAAGUCAUCUUCUUUGCGAAGUGUGUCUAUCCAAUCCAAGGACUUUGGUAGGACCUCUGUUGGUGAGGGGAAUUCUUCCUCUAUGGACGACUAUGGGCGGUCAGGAUCCAAGCCUGUGCGGCAUGGGUCGAAGAGUGCUGAAUCUGAGGGAUAUAGCUUGUCUCAGAAGGAGAUCAACGACGAUGAGGCGAGGUUCAUCUACAUCAAUGAUCCUGAGAAGACGAACGAGAAGUGCGAAUUUACAGGGAAUUUGAUCCGAACAAGCAAGUAUUCUUUCCUCACCUUCUUACCCAAAAACCUGUUUCAACAAUUUCACCGAGUUGCCUAUAUAUAUUUUCUUGCAAUUGCCAUCCUCAACCAGCUCCCUCAGUUGGCCGUUUUUGGUAGGGGAGCAUCAAUCAUGCCAUUAGCCUUUGUCCUUCUUGUUACGGCUAUUAAGGAUGCAUACGAGGACUGGAGGAGGCAUAGGUCUGAUAGGAUUGAGAACAAUCGUUUGGCAUCAGUUAUGGUCAAUGGGAAGUUUCAACAAAAGAAAUGGAAGGACAUCCAGGUUGGGGAGAUCCUCAAGAUCUUUUCUAAUGAAACUCUUCCCUGUGACAUGGUAUUGCUAUCCACCAGUGAUCCCACAGGGGUUGCUUACAUUCAGACUCUCAAUUUGGAUGGCGAAUCAAAUUUGAAGACCCGAUAUGCGAAGCAGGAGACUCAGUGGAAGAUGCUUGAGAAGGAUGCUAUUCAUGGACUGAUCAAGUGUGAGCGACCCAAUAGGAACAUUUAUGGUUUUCAGGCAAACAUGGAGAUUGAUGGGAAGCAGUUGUCUCUCGGGCCCUCCAACAUCGUUCUUCGUGGUUGUGAUAUCAAGAACACAGCUUGGGUGACCGGAGUUGCAGUCUAUGCUGGCCGUGAGACAAAGGCGAUGCUCAACAGCUCCGGAUCGCCAUCAAAGAGGAGCCGGUUGGAAACCCGUAUGAACCAAGAGAUCUUAUACCUCUCAGCCUUUCUUGUUACCUUGUGCGCAAUAGUUUCUGUCUGUGCUGGGGUUUGGUUGUUUCAAAAUCAAGAUCAGCUUGACUACAUCCCUUUUUUCAUAGCAUUGGACUUCAAUACAGGGAAAAAUAACAAUUACAGUGGAGUGGGAUUGCAGAUAUUCUUCACAUUCCUCAUGUCAGUCAUCGUGUUCCAGAUCAUGAUCCCUAUCUCACUCUACAUUUCAAUGGAGCUAGUCCGUCUUGGCCAGGCCUACUUUAUGAUCCGAGAUGCAAGAAUGUAUGAUGAGACAACAAAUUCAAGGUUUCAGUGCAGGGCAUUAAAUAUAAAUGAAGAUCUAGGACAAAUAAAAUAUAUCUUCUCAGACAAAACUGGGACAUUAACUCAGAACAAGAUGGAAUUUCAAUGUGCCAGCAUUGGGGGAGUAGAUUACAGUGGCGGGAGAGCUGCUCUCCCAGAUGAAAAAGGAUAUGCUGUCCAAGUGGAUGGACAGGUUUUGAGGCCAAAGAUGACUGUGAAGGCCGACCCAGAGCUCCAAUGGCUUCUAAAAGAUGGCAACACAACAGAGGAAGGAAAAUGGGCUCAUGAUUUCUUCCUUGCCCUUGCUGCUUGCAAUACAAUUGUGCCUCUGGUUGUGGACACAUCAGACCCUUCUCUGAAGUUAGUAGAUUAUCAGGGUGAGUCUCCAGAUGAGCAGGCUUUGGUUUAUGCUGCUGCCACAUAUGGUUUCAUGCUCAUAGAACGAACCUCCGGUUACAUAGUCAUUGAUGUUCAAGGAGAAAGGCAAAGGUUCGAUAUUCUGGGUAUGCAUGAGUUUGAUAGUGAUCGGAAAAGAAUGUCAGUUAUAGUUGGUUGCCCUGACAAGACUAUGAAAAUAUUUGUGAAAGGUGCAGACAAUUCUAUGUUUAGUGUAAUUGAUAGAUCUCUAAAUCUAGAUGUGAUUGAUGCAACUGAAAAGCAUCUCCGUGCCUAUUCUUCAUUUGGUCUGAGGACCCUGGUCGUUGCAAUGCGGGAACUGAGCGGUCCAGAAUUUGAGCAAUGGCAAUCAGCUUAUGAGAGAGCAAGUACUGCAUUGAUUGGUAGAGCAAGCCUACUCCGUACUGUGGCAUGUGAUGUGGAAAAGAAUCUCCACAUAUUAGGAGCCUCUGCCAUUGAAGAUAAGCUUCAAGAAGGUGUGCCCGAAGCCAUUGAAUCACUAAGGCAAGCUGGGAUUAAAGUGUGGGUCUUGACAGGGGACAAGCAAGAAACAGCCAUAUCAAUUGGCUACUCCUGUAAGCUACUUACUAGUGACAUGACCCAGAUCAUUAUAAACAGUAACUCUAUGCAAUCCUGUAGAAAGAGCUUUGAAGAGGGAAUGGCAAUGUCCAAGAAGCUGAUGACAGUGCCUGCCGACACCCAUACUGGAGGAGGUGUUGGACCUGAUAGAGCCGCCCUUGCUUUGAUCAUUGAUGGUACCAGCCUUGUUCAUAUUCUUGACACUGACCUUGAACAAGAGCUGUUCGAAUUAGCUACUGUAUGCUCUGUGGUUCUCUGUUGUCGAGUGGCCCCCAUGCAAAAAGCUGGAAUAGUAGCCCUCAUAAAGAAAAGGACAGAAGACAUGACCCUUGCUAUUGGAGACGGUGCUAACGAUGUUGCAAUGAUCCAAAUGGCUGAUGUGGGAAUUGGCAUCAGCGGCCAAGAGGGCCGGCAAGCUGUCAUGGCAUCAGAUUUCGCAAUGGGGCAGUUCAGAUUCUUACUUCCACUUUUAUUGGUCCAUGGACAUUGGAAUUACCAGCGUAUGGGCUACAUGAUAUUAUACAACUUCUAUAGAAAUGCAGUUUUUGUUCUUGUCAUGUUUUGGUAUGUGCUAUACACUGCCUUCACGUUAACAACUGCAAUCAAUGAAUGGAGUAGUAUGUUGUAUACUAUUCUCUAUACUUCCAUGCCUACAAUUGUUGUUGGGAUUCUUGACAAAGACUUGGGCAGGGGAACCCUGAUGAAAUAUCCUCAACUUUAUGGGCCGGGCCAGAGAGAGGAGUGCUACAACAAGAGAUUGUUUUGGCUUACAAUGGUGGAUACUGUGUGGCAAAGUGUUGCUAUGUUCUAUGUCCCUUUCUUUGCUUAUAGUCACAGCACUAUAGAUGGAUCAAGUAUAGGAGAUCUAUGGACCAUUUUAGUGGUGAUUGUAGUCAAUAUCCACUUAGCCAUGGAUAUAAUACGUUGGUCUUGGAUUACCCAUGCAGCCAUCUGGGGAACUAUACUUGCAACGUGCAUUUGUAUCAUGGUCCUCGAUUCUAUUCCCGUAUUACCGGGUUAUUGGGCCAUCUUCCAUCUUGCAACGACUGAAGUGUUUUGGUUUUGUUUACUUGCCAGUACAGUAGUAGCUUUAGUUCCUCGUUUUGUUGUUAAGAUUCUUAGUCAAUUUUUAAGUCCAACCGAUACUCAGAUUGCAAGAGAGGCUGAGAAGUUUGGGAAUCAAAUGGAAUUAUUAGGUGCAGCAGAACUUGAAAUGAACCGAAUCCGGAAUCCUCCACAGGAGAUGCCAAGGUGAUUUUUUACUUUGCAUCUCCCCCUAUAUUCUUUUGUUAAUUUGUGUAUAGUAUCAUAUUCUUUAGGCUGCUUCAGCUGUGCAUUGCAGUCUUUCCAUUCUCAGGCUCUCUCUCUCUCUCUAUCCAAAGGAUAGAUUUUUGUCAUAUUUUUAGCAAUGUAUCUUAACAUUAUUAAUUUUUUUUAUACAUAAAUGUGAAUCAGUAAUUCAUA